GCCACACUUGAGCCCCGGACAUGAUGGCGGGGCACAAUGUCAACCUCAAUAUUGGUAGGCUAACACUCAUCUCUUAAUAUACAUCGUCUUUUGACAGUCUCAUACCCCAUCACUAUGACUGACUCUCAUAUGAGCCAUGACGAGUUCUUCGCCAAGUUGGGUGAGCUCUUCAAUCAUCGCAAGGGCAGCGACCAUGGCGCCAUCUACUUGAGCCAGAAGCGACUCACAUACGGUCAGGGCAUCCCCAGUCCCUCAGAAGAGGAGCCCUCUCCGGAUAUUCACCCUGGCAAGCCUCUGCCCCUCAUCAUCAGGGCAACAAAUGGCAAGGGCAAGAGGGAUCGCUCUAACAAAGCCAAGCUUUCAACAGUCGUCAACCCCGAGGAUCUGGAGGCUUUCUACGUGCGGUAUGCCGAUGUGUGCAAGGCUGGCAUGACAGCCCUGAAGCCCAGAGACAGGAGCAAGAAGAAGGCCAAGGCAAAGAAGAAGAAGGCUGCAGCAUAAACGAUUCUCUUUUCACAGUUCAAAUUCUGAGGUGUCAAGCAUCAAAGGUUAAGGUUAUAUCAUGGAUUAAUGAAUUAUCAUGUUAUGCGAUACCCAAACACGUCUCCAAGCCACCAUGACUUUGAAUUAUUUCUACAAAAGGAAGAGUAAAU